AUGGCGGAGGCCGUGGAUCUGCCGUGUUGCCUGGGCGACAUUGUGAUCCACUCGCUGGGGCACAUCGAGCCGGAGCUGCAGAAGCAGCACACGUUCCACAUCUGUCCUGUCGGGUACUUUGUGUCGCGAACCGUGCAACCACCAAAGGCACUUGGCUGCAGCAUCCUCACGCUCAUCUUCUCCAUUGACAAGGGCCGAUUCAAGUCGCUUGCCAAUGGGGAGCGCGUUGAAGAUGACGACGACGACGACGAUGAAGACGACGAGGACGACGAUGCGCCCAAUCCCCAGCAGCUCAUCUUCAAAGUCACCUGCGUCACGGAGAAGUCGAAGCACGAGGGCACCGGCCGCUCCGCAUCAGAGGCAUGGCAAGCCCUGCUCAGGGCCCUAGCAAAGGCGUCCAACAUGCCAGUGACCCCAGUACCCAUGCAAGUGGCAUUCAACGCCUUUGGCUUUACUGAUCCAAAGGUCAAGGCACUACUGGAGAGCAUGGAUGGAGCGGACGAGUGCACUGGAUACCAGUUCACCACAAGCGGCAGCACAUACUCGGACCCCAACGACACAUGGGACCGCUCAGUCGGUGCAAAGGAGGCGCUGGAAGAGCGGUUCUCGAUGGACGCGGAAGCGGUCAUGUGCACACGCACAUCGCACCCGUUUGUCGCCACGCUGCUCUCUGCAUUUGGAAUCACUACGGAUGACGACGAUGAUGACGACGACGAAGAUGAUGACGAUGAUGAUGAUGAUACCAAGACUGGCUUUGCACACGGUGCAACGGGCGGCGAUAUGGACUCGUCCUCAUCCUCUUCCUCUGAGGAUGACGGCGACGAUGAGACGGUGAAAGGAGUCCAGCAGCAGCAGCAGGACGACAACGCAGAGUCGCUGCUGAGCGACCACGAGGCAUACGACGAUGACGAGGAUCACGACUACGAUGAUGACGAGCAGCGCGCACCGCCAGCGAGGAAGCGAGCGAAGACAACAAGGACGCCGAAGAAAGCAGCAACAACACAAGCAGCGGCGGCAUCCAAGUCGACGAAGAAGGGGCCGAAGAAGCAAGGUGCCACCACGCCUGCAGCCAGCGUGAAGAAGGGAAGGCGCCGCACGAAAUCGCGCAAGGCCCAGGAGGCGGGUGGCAACGAGGCGACAGAGACACAGCCCUCUGCCUCGGCGGCAGCAGCAUCGGCGAAGAAGAAAGGAAAGACAACGCCAGCAGCAACAAAGACGCGCCAGCGCCGCUCACGUGCACGCAAGAGCGACGCAUCCGGGCCCUCUUUCUUCGAGAUGCGUGAGAUCCGCAAACUGUACCACGACACGGUCAAGUCGCAGAUGAAGGUGAUCAAAGACGCGCAGCAGGUGGAGAAGGACGCACUCAAAGACACCACCAAGAACAGGGUCAUCUACGACCGCGCCCUCGCUUCGGGCCAGCGAAAGGCAAAGACGGCCGCCAAGACGAAAGCGAUGCAGAAGUUGCGCGAUGCAAAACGCGUUGUGGAGAAGCAAGUCAAGAAGCGCAAGGUUGAAGAGAAGCAGCGACGGGCGCGGGAACAGAGGGAGAAGGAGAAACGCAAGAAAGAACUGCAGAAACAGAAGGAACGGGAGCGCGAACGCGAGAAACAGCGUAUCAAGGCGGAGAAGGCCAGGGCAAAGAAGCUUGCUGCGGCUGCACAUGUGGACUAUUCAUCCAUUCCACUCCCAGAUGUGGGCACGCCCCUCAAGUGGCCUGUCCUUCCGGUCGCCGUCCCCGAAGCGGAGCUUGCGUCCGCACACCGCGUGCUUGGCGACGUGCUGUCCUCCCUCGAGUUUCUGGCUGCGUUUGCCCCACGCUUCAAAUACGAACGCCUCUUCACUCUCGAUGACAUGGCCUUCUGGCUGCUUGGCAAAGGCUCCUCCUCACUGCGCCUUGCGUAUGAACUGCACGCUCCGCUGCUUGAACUCGUUCUUGAAGACGACGCCGAGAACAAGGUUGAGUUCACCCAAUGGCUCAAACCAGAACUUCUGGACGUGUACACCUUCGAGUCCUUUCUGAGCCAGUAUCUCCGAUCGCACAUUGCGUUUGCUGAAGAACACCGCGCCAUCAUCACUGCCCUCGACAGCCAGGCGUACGCAGACCUCACCCCGCAGGACCGCAUGCGAACAUUCCAGUUCCUCAUCGAACAGGCUAUGACGUGCGCGCCUGUGCGUGAGCACCUUGAUGAGUGCCUGGAGGAGUUGAGCGAAUAUGAGCGUGACAUCACCCUGACUCUCAACGAAAUGAAGGAGCCCAUCAUCCGUGUGACGAAGGACAUGGCUGAUGCGGAGGCGAUUGCAUCAUGCCGCACGCGCCUCGAGACGUCGCUGUGUCUUCGUCUCAUCUCCAGCAUCAUCCUGGCCCGCGCUUCCAACGGCCGGCCGCUGUAUCCCGUCUUCUACGCGCUGCCGACAGAGGAGGAACUCCCCAUCUACUACAAGAUGAUCAAGGAGCCCAUGGAUAUCCGGCAGCUGCUGCGCAACCUUCGUGCUGGGGUGUACACGACACUUGCUGACUGCAUGAACCACAUCCGUCUCAUGUGGCAAAACGCACGCACCUUCAACAAGCCGGCAUCACAGAUCCACAAGGAUGCGGUAGUGCUGCACCGCGUGACGGAGGAAACACACACGCGUCUCGUUGCAGAGCGCGAUGUGCUCGUGCAGAUGUCCAAAGAAGAGUUUGAGUACACGCCGCCGCGAGAGGAAACACAAGAGGCACAAGAACAGCAGCAGCCACAACAUCAGCAAGACCAACAGCAGCAAGAGCAAAGCCAGGCGCCUGGCGCUGGUGAAGCAGAAUCAGACACGCAUUUGCAGCAAAGCAACGAUGCGUCCACUGCUCAGCCACAGCAGGAACAGCAGCAGAAGGAGCAGGUAGGAGAAAGCAAGGCGACCGAAGCGAAGGAGGCAGGCAGUGCAGCACCCGCGGAGCCUGCGAAACCAACACGUGUGUUUGGACGCCUGUCGCUGACUGACCACGUCAUGGGGGUGAACACAACACCGCCAUCGGCCGCGGGCGCUCCAACGGUGGAGGAGGUGGUGCAGAUGUACGGGCUUGGCGAUGUGAUGCGCAAGACAGAGCUCACCUGCCGCCGCAGGUUCGAGGCGAUCGUGGACAAGGUGCACUCGCAUGCAUGCCACGAGCGGCUUGGUGCGUUGUACACGGAGCUGAACAGGCUGGUGGCUGCUGGCCGCGGCGACACGCUGGGGCGGGAUCGAUUCUACAACCGGUACUUUGUGGUGCAGACGGUGGAAGGGGUGCUGGUGGAGCGAUUUGACACGCAGGACAACGUGUGCGGGCGGCCGCUGCAAGACAUUCUCGAUGUUGUGCAGGAGCGAGAGCGGAGGGAGGAGGCGGAGAGGCAGUUGCUGGCACAACAGCAGCAGCAGCAGGACGAAGACGAGGAAGGUGAAGAGGGAGAUGAAGAUGAGGAAGACGAGGAAGGUGAAGAGGGAGAUGAAGAGGAGCCUGAAGAGAAAGGCGAUGGUGAAGAGGAUGAAGGCGAUGGACAGGGAGAUGACCAGCAGCAACAGAAAGGACAAGGGAACGACAUGGACUGCGGUGGAGAUGGUGCUGAAGCGGCGCAAGAGGAGAAGAACACAUGCGAUGGCGAGACGAAGGAAAAGGAAAAUGCAACAGAGAAUGCAAAGGGCGACGAAAAGGCAAAGGACGACUCCGCGGCUGGCGAUGACAAGGUUGCACCCCUGCAAACGGACGCAGACACCGAUGCGAGUGCCACCCCCACCGUUACUGCAAAUACAAACACUUCCGCCGACUGCAACAACACCAACAACGGCAGCAAUGACGAUGAUGGUGGUGCUUCCAGCAAGGUAAGCAGUACCACGGAGGAUGGUGCAGCCAAUCAGGUGAAGACAGAGGAAGGGUCUGGCAGUGUCGCAGCAACGGAGACAAACGGCGGCGGCACUGCACCAACGGAGGGCGGCAAUCCAGCUGUUAAGCAGGAGGCGGUGGCGGGGCACGGUGCCGACAAGCAGCACGUCAACCACAAGGGCGAUGCCAGGGGCGAGAGCACAGAUGCCGUGAAGGCGGCGGGUGGCGCCGAGCACACACCCAAUUCCACCACUGCCAACAACAACGACAACAUCACUGCCGCCAGCGAUAUUGUCCAAGCGAAGGGCGAGGGCGGUGCUAAGACGGUGACGCCGACUGCACCAAAUGGGGCUGGGGAGAACUCUGCUGAAACCGACACAGAGCCAGGUAGCAGCACGCAGAUGAAGGCGGAAACACAGGCACAAGUAGCAGAGGAGAAGAUGAAGGUGAAGGACGAGGAAUUGAAGGGUCAAGAGAAAGACCGCGCUGGGGAAGAGGUGGAAGCGAAAUCACACGAGUCCACGGAGAAACAGGAGGAGGUCAAGUUGGCCAUGGAAGCACCAGCCGACAGCUGGACUGAUCAGCCCGCCAUGCUGAGGAACCCUGUGCCGGCGCGCUGGGUCGUUGUGAACACCCCUGAGCUGAUGAACAGGCUUGCAUCCACCCUUUCCACGAAGAUCAAGCGUGAGGACCGGCUUCGACGUGCACUCAUGCGGAGAAAGCACAUGUUUGCGCGCACCCUUCGCUCGCAACAUCAGUCAAAGACCUCUGCUGCCGUUGCGUCCCACUACCUUGCGCCGCCGAGCGAGGAGGCGCGAUCGUACUUGCAGCGCGGCAUCACAAAGAAGCUUGUCAAGCUCGGCAAACGCCUGCACCAGCGCCUGUUCCUCCUGAGCUCGGAAGAAGUGGAAUCCACAUUUGAGUUUACGGCGUGGCUGAAGACGGCACAAGUCGCACUCACCCUCGACCAGCUCAAAGCGAGUGUGCAAGAGCUCUACAUGCACACAAACCCGGAGUUUAUGAAGCCAGACUGGCGUGGUGUCAACCAGGAGUGGUACGAGGCUGUGCCGACACUGGUGAACCUGAGCGAAUUCGCCCUGCACCUGGCUGUGUUUUCGCACUGCGUUGCGUGGAACAAGAAGGCGCGCAGGCCAAAGAAGCGGCAGGAGGAGGAAGAAGAGGAAGAAGAGGAGGAAGAGGAAGAGGAAGAGGAAGAGGAGUCGAGUGACGAAGAGGAAGGUGCUGGCGACGAUAGCGCGGAUGAAGACUUUGACAUCAACAACGAAUCAGAUGAUGAUGAGGAAGGUGGCGGCCCAAAGAAGAAGCGUGCCAAGCACACGCCCUCCAAGGGUCGUCGGUCAACCAAGGCUGGUGCUGUUCAGCCGCUUCCGGGUCUUCGUGCAUUCAAACCCCAGACCCACCCCAUCUUCCUCGGUGACACGUCACUGCCCGUACAGCCGCUUGGUCCCACGCUGCGCGAGCAAGCGCUGAUGGUGAAUGCAGAGGCAUACCGACUUCCCCUGGUCUUUGCCGCGCACAAGAACUUCCGCUGGUGGCCCGCCAAGGUGCUGUACUACGAUCCCACCAAAGGCGUCACGCGCGUCCAAUUCUUCUACACGGGAGAUGUCGGGGAGCUUGCGUCGAACACAUGCGUUCCGUAUGAUGAAAAGCGAGUGGAGGUUGGCUCUGUGCUGCAGACAAACGAGGCCACCUUCAACCUGCGCCUGGCGUGCAUUGCAUGCGGCCACUACAUCCGCCACAUGCCCGCACCAACACCGGUGAUGUCGCCAGCGCCCGCUCAGGCACAGGCCCCACCCCAGCCAACGCAGGUCCAACAGCCAGCCCAAGCACCACAGAUGCCAACCCACAUCCAGCAGCAGGCAGCCCAAGCUCCAUCUCAGUCAACUCAACCGCAGCAGCCGACUCACGUACAGCCCCAGCCAACUCAACCGCAGCAGCCAGCACAACCACCACAGGUGGCACAACAAGGUCUGCAGCAGCCACAGCCAAGCCUGCCUGCCGCACAGAGCACCGUGCAGGCCCAACAACAACAACAACAACAACAACAACAACAACAACAACAACAACAACAACAACAACAACAACAACAACAACAACAACAACAACAACAACAACAACAAAAACAACAACAACAAAAACAACAACAACAACAACCACCGCCGCCACCGGCGUGAGCACGCAUUUCGGCCUAGUGGUGCCUUUUUUGCUGGUGUUGUUACGCGAGAGAAGACGAAAUAGGUGGGAAGGCGAGAGAAGACAAGACAACUUUGAUUGAGAGCGUAAGUGAGGAGUGGUAAGACGCACAGAACGCGACAAUGACGGCAGUGUGUGUGUGUGCAGAGAGGAAGCGGGAUGACACAAUUGUGCUUGCUUCUUGAUGACUGAUGGACGAGUUGAGUUGUUGGGUGAAUCUGAAUCAUUGCCUGUUUGCUGGCUGUGUUGUUGAAAAGCGCUGCUCGCUGUUCCGCAUUGAGUUUGAUUGAUUGUUGAGUCUGAGUCUUAGUCAGUGCGAGCGUGUACUUUGUCGUGUUCGUCUUUUGGCGUUGCGUUUUGGGCACAGCUAUCAACGUCAACAUGAGAGUCAAUUCGUCACGACUAAACAAUAGUAAAACGUCACGGACACGUGAGCACAUACAUGUAC